AUGGAAACCGUUCUGGUAAUCGGGGCCACUGGCAACAUUGGCGUAUCUGCUGUCCGGGCUGCCCUCAACACUGGCCGAAAUGUCAUUGCCGUAGUACGAAACAAAGCCAGCACCAACAAGUUGAUUCGAACCUCGAGGUCAUGGGCCAAUGUUAACAACGUGACAGUCGGAACUUUCGACCUUACUCCCCGCAUCACAGACCUAAGUACAGAAGCGUUUCGAAGGGCCAUGAAUGUCAAUGUUGACGCCAAUUUUUUCGCCUACCGAGCGACAGUCCCGUACCUGCUUGAGCAGGAUUAUGAAAAGAGCACAUGGACCCUUGUGACAGGAGCCGCAAGUGAUAGUGGGGCUCUAUACUCCCUGGCGACUGUCGUUUGUCGAGAAUUGGACCAUACAAAUGUUCGUUUCAACGAGGUCUGGCUCGCAUUCCGAGUUGAGCAUGAUGAAAUAGCAGCAAAGAAUGGCAGCAUUGGCUCAUCUGUCCUGGCUCCGCAUUACGAGCAAAUUCUGACGCGGCCAGAAAUAAGUGCCAGCCGGGUCCGCCUUGCAAAACCCGCGGACAUCGCCAAUUUUACGUAUUCUAAGAAGUUGGGCUGA